UGUCUGUCUGUUGACAAAUCAUUUUCAGUAAUCUCAGUGGCAACUCCAACCCCCCCCCUGCCUUUCCCAAACUUAUACAUUUCUAAUGAGCCCGCGAACAUACUUCACAGCGUACUAGUUUCCAAUCCUUCUGCGCGGCUGGAAGCAAGAUGGCGGUCGCAGACAUCGUAAUAAAACAAGAAUCUAUCGAAGCAGUCGACCUGGAAAGUAAGAUUCUGGCAUUAUGCAAGGACAACGGGAAAGGAAUAAGCGAUGCCAUUAUACAACAGAGCAUGCCCAGUAUCCCUGCACAACAACGUGUUAUGGCAAUAAACAGACUUUUAUCUACGGUAUUUUUAUUUAUGCACGUGAGGAAUAUCAUUGGAGCCUGGUGUGGUACAUAAGUAUUAAGUACAUUGACCAAAUGACCAUGAUUGGUAUCAAUGAAUAUGUACAUGAAAUGACAUUCCCAAAAAAUAUAUGAAAUAAUUCUCUCAUAGAGUACUUUGAUAUCCCAAUGUUAAAUCCAAAUCAGUGGGUUGCAACUUGGCACUUGCAACUUGCAUGUGGCGCCACAAAAUUAUAUUUUGUCUCAAAUGAAAUUUGUCUCAAUACACCCUUCGGGAAAGUACAUCACUUUGGCUAUAGAGCCUCGUUUUUUGUGUAUCUGGACAUUGAGCCCAAGUCUCAAUCUUAGGCUCUAUAGCCAAGGUGAAGUACUUUCUGGAAGCAUGGAAUGACAUCAAUCAAAACUUCCAUGAUUGAAGGUGUUUGCAUUGUGAAAGGAAUGCCCAAGGGUGACAAUCCAUUCUAAUAAACUGGGGGAUGGAGAGGGCCAACAGACAUAAUUUAUUAGAGAUUAUAUUAUGAAUGUUCAAAAGAUGGAGAUGCACCCCCAAGAAUAUAUCCUUUAGAGACUGCAUCUGAGAGGGCAUGCCAGACCCCCUGGAGUCUAGACUUGCUCCAAGUCUCUCUUUCAUUGUCAUAUAGUAUCGAUCCACUAUAGUGUACAUUACAUGACAUAGUACGGAGGGGCGGAGCGAGAAAGAGAGACUUGUCAACUUCAGAAAACCUUGGUUCAAAACUGAACCGAAAAUGAAGACUUGCUUUUUUUUCUGUCAGUGUUUAUAUGUAUUGAUCUAGCACAGUGUUAAUAACAUGAGUUACAUCAUAGUAAAUAAUACAGAAAGAAAUUGAAGGAAAACAAUUAAAGGAGUCUUGUCCACCCCACCCCUUAACCAAACCAAUGUUCUGUGGUCAAUAAACUUAUGACUCGCCAGAUAAUUUUACUCACAAAAGGGAGAGUUCUGCCACUCAAUGAGUUAAUCAGCCUAUCUGCCCAUGCAUUCUGUUAACCCUUUAAGUCGCAAUGCACCCUACUUUAGUAAUGGGUUAAGAAGUGUGAAUGUAUACUGUAAGUGUAUAUAUUACAGGGUCGUUUGGAGUUACUUAAGAGUGGAUCAACGUUACUGUAUCGCUAUAAGGACAGUGAAUCGGUUUCGUAAGUAAACACUGACUAGUGAAUUUGAUCAUCUUUCCAAGGGACAUGUAAUUGCUGUCAAUUAAAUUUCAAAUGUUUUUAGGAAAGUUAAAGGCUUCGAGUUAGAAGAAAAAUUAGUGUAUCAGAUUAUUGAAGAAGCUGGAAACAAGGGUACAUUUCAUUUCUUUCUUAUUGGCCCGAUGUAGAUCCGAUGGUCCGUCUACAUGAACUUGGAAAAAAACACAAACAUUAAAGUAGACAGAUCCUCCGUCAAACGAAGUGUCUGAACGAACUACCUGCGUAGCUCGCCUUUUAAGAAAAUAUCGUAUGAACAAUUUGUGCCUGGGUUAAUCACGUGCUAUUCUAUACAUGGGUUUUGACAGAACAUCGGUGAUUUUUGAGUUUAGUUUGAAAUGAGUUUUUUCCAGUGGGAGUACACUAGCUUUAGUUACAUGCAGUGUAUACGUCUACAUUUGUACUUGUAGGAAUAUGGAUUCGCGACAUCCGUUACAAAAGCAAUCUUCAGUUAACUCAAGUGAACAAAAUUCUCAAGACGUUAGAAAGCAAGAAGCUAAUAAAAGCCAUCAAAUCUGUAGCGGUAAUACAUUUUAACAGACUUUGAGAUACUAACGUUCUGUAUUUCGUUCAGAAAUGCGCGCCAAGAAAUUUUACCGACUGUUUGUAUAGGUAUAGUAUGGUUUCGACUUUCGAGUGCAAUUUGGAAAAAAACAUGCACGAGUGAGUUUUCCAAAGACUAUAUCAAAAUUACACGAGUCCGAGUGCAAUUUGAAGUCUUUGAAAAACUCACGAGUGUAUGUUUUUUUUUUUCAAUUUGCGCGAGAAACCAUACUAUUAGACCUGUUUCAAACGUCGCGCUUCUCAUGUGCCGAACGCAUUAAAAACAAUAGAUAGUCAGCUGAAAUGCCUCAUUAUCUAUUGUUGCUAAUGCGUUCGGCACAUGAGAAGCGUAUUACAUGAGCAAAUUAUGCAGUUACGUGCGUAAGUCACAUUUAGAAGAGGGUCCUGAAGGGGGGGGUGGGGGUCGUAUUCCCAUUUACCAGCCCAAAUUUUGACUAAAUCCCAUUGUCCCAGAGCACAAAUCCCAUCAUCUCAGUGGCUGUCCUGCACAAAUCUUAAUCCCAUUCCCAUUUUCUAUUGUUUUGUUGCUGAUGAGUCCCAGUGCAUGAAAUCCCAUUUUCCCACCCAAAAAAUAAGCAAAUCCCAGUUCCCAUUUUACCCCUUCAGGACCCUCUUAGAAAUUAAGAAAUAUGAAAAAUAAAAAAUUUCUUUUCUUCGCACUGCUCUUAGCCAACAGAAUGGAGAAAUUUUGUAUGUAUAUUAUUAGCAGUGAAAUAGUGAUUCCUGCAAUAUACAUGCAGUUGUCUGAUUAUAAUUGCUUCUAGUUUGUCCCCACCAAACACGUAGGUUUUCUCUGGUAGUAACACUCAAGCAACUUUCAUUGUCGUCACUAGCAAUCGAGUGUAAGUAAAGGAUGAGAACGAGGUUGAGAAGCGAGAGUUUGCAUGAGAGUUUUCUCUCCUCUCAUGGCGCCAUGCCCCGAUCAAACGAGAACAAGAGUUGCGUGAGAGUUGAGAAGCAAGAGUUUAUACAAGAGUUUUCUCUACUCACAUGCCCCGGUCAAACGAGAACAAGAGUUGCGUGAGAGUGGACUGGAUAUUGCAAGUCAACUCUCAUCAAAAUUUGAACUAGCUCAAAGUUGAUGAGAGUUGGCGGUCAACCACGAGUGAGAGUUGGAAUUCUCCUCAACUCUCGUUUUUACCGGGGUUUUACUUUAGCUUCUAAUAUUUCUAACACCAGAAUUUUCACCAUGGUAGCAGUAGAAAGUAUAUUAGCGUAAUUUUCUUUGAUAGGCGUCAAAAAAGAAAGUGUACAUGCUGUUUAAUCUCGAACCAGACCAAUCAGUGACAGGAGGUUCAUGGUACAGUGAUCAAGAUUUCGAGUCAGAAUUUGUUGAUGUGCUUAAUCAACAGUGUUUUAAAUUUCUACAACAAAAGGUAAGAUCUUGAGGCCAUUCCAGGUUCACUUUGUUAAUCUAUUUGUUUUUUAUGCAACCUCUCAUGCUGGUUUUUAUUUCUAAGGCAGCUGAAGCAAAGAAAGUGUGCAGUGAUCCUUUAGCACAUAAAAAUGCUUCCUAUGGUUCUUCACACGAUAUCCUGAAGUUCAUCACUGACCUUGGUAUAAGCAAGGUAAUAAAACUAAUUAUUAUUAUACAUUUAGUACGUAUUCUCGUUCCUGAUCGGUCAGAGAGCACCGGAUAAUUCUCAAUAUUCGCUACAUAUUACGUAAUUUCAGCUGCUGACGUGCUCAGGGUCCAAUAAUAGUUUUUUUGGAUCGAACUUGCAUCCCCGCAAAUUAUUGGACACUGUUGUGCCCAAGCCCCGGCGCGGCCAACAACUCAAACCCAAAAGCGCGCGAAAAUAAAAUAAAUAUACUUUGAAACAUUAAUAAACUUCGUUUAAUCGUUUUAUACAUUUCAGACCUCGGUCAAUGUUAUCCGCCUCAGCUUCGCUUCGGCAGAUAACAAUGACCUCGGUCUGAAUAAUUCUUGAUAUCAUGCUCAGCCUCAUCUAAUAAUUGUUUAAUUAAUAUUUACCACUUAUUUUUCAAAAACCACUUCAUUCAUGUAACCAACCUCGUUCCGCCCUGGCAUUUACUACAUUAAAAUAAUUUCAGGGUGCACCAGAUAGAGCUUUUUGCUAUCCGGCCGGAUAAUAAGUUUAUCUCAAUAUCCGGCCUGGAUAUCCGCUGCAUCCUGAUCUUUUCUCUGCCUAUCUUUUCUGUUUUUCUUCUAUAGGUUCAGUUAUCAAUCAAAGACAUCGAAACAAUUUUAGAUACUUUAAUAUUCGACGGCAAGUUAGAAAUGACCAUAGUCAAUGACACCUCUGCAGGAUCGAGCAGGGAGUACAAACAGAAGAAACUUUAUAGAGCUGUUAAACCUAUCUUAUCGUCAACAGGACUUGUGCGAGUACCCUGUGGUUUAUGUCCGGUAAGGUUCAGACUUCAUACAAUUCAUGAACCCGGCCUGUGCCAUUGGAGAUAAUAAGACUUUGGAGAAAAACCCUCAAAGCACAGGAUAGAACCGGCAACCAAUGCUCACGUUAGUUUUUCAAACACAAAGCAGGGCUCAAAAUAACGGGUUAAUGAUACUGGUCAUGUUGACCGGUCAAUAGGGAGCUUAAAAAUGUACGACGACAACACGACGACAACGGCAACGAGUCAAUGAAAAUAAAUAAUUAAAAUCCCAGGGGAGUUUCAGACGUAGUCGUCGCUCUGUUUACAACGGCAAAUCACAGAUUUUCACGUCUUUUAUACAACGCCUGCAUUUCAAGCUGUAACAAGUGCAACUUAAAAUUCGGUUCAGUAGAACUCUUCCCAAACAUAAAGACAAUGUUUUCAACUUCUUGUAUUGUAUUAAUUUCAUACGAAUUAUAAUAUACGACAAGUUUUCUUUACUAUCAUUUAUUUGAAGGAAUGUGUUUUAGCCGUCGUCGUCGUGUUGCCGUCCUACAUGUUUAAACUCCCUAAUACCUUCCCUACGAAGGGCCUUCGCGAGGGCUUUUGUUUUUUUCAGCGAGUUGAAUUUCUCUCAGUCCGCAGUUUUCUGGUGUUAUUAGAGAGUUUGGCAACCUACAACGGCAACGACAAAAAUAUAAUUGCUUAUAUUGUUGUAUUUGAGCCAAAGUAUACGUUACUACACUUAAUUUGCCUCUUUAAGUAUUCCUGUUUCUUUCAAACGUACCCUUAAGUAAAAGUAGUCCGCGAAUUCAAAUAAAACACCUCAAAUAACAUCGUAGUCAUGCACCGUGAAAACGAUUCAAAUCACGUACUAGUUUCAACAACUACGGCAUUGCACAACGCUUAAGACCAUGUAAUUUACAUUUACCUUUGUCUUUGAGGAUUAAUGCUAUUGUUGAUGACCAUAUUGCCGUUGCCCUUGUAUUUGCCAAACUCUCUAUUGUCACCACCGGCACAGAGCGUUCGAGUUUAUAUUUAACAAGUAUACAAUAUCUCAAAAAUCAAUCCCGUUCCCAGAGCCAAAUGUGAUCGGUCACUAUUUCCGGCUUGACCGUUGACCGUCCGUUAUUCUGAGCCGUGCAGGCAAGUUACCCAACCUAAGUAAAACUCUGCCCUCGACAUGCAGUAGCAAGUUUAACUCAAUAGUAAGGAGCAGCAUCCGUGCUUUCCAAGUCCUUACUUAACAAACAUGUACUAUCUACUUUUUUGUAGGUUGUGGACAAGUGUGAAGAAGGCUCAGCAAUUUCCCCAAGUACUUGUAUUUAUAUGAAAGAAUGGCUAGAAUACUAAUAUAACGACGUUGUUUUAUAAACUAUAACUAUAUAGAAUUGUGUGUAUAAUUAUUUGUAUGCAAUUGUAAAGA